GGGCCCCGAUGGAGUGUUUGAACUUUCCACUCGCCUUUCCUCUGCUCCCGUCGUCCGUCCCGGCAGUCGCUGGGGGCUCCAGCGGCCCUAGUCUCUGCGUCCCCCUCCAGGACACACGGCCCUUUCCAGAGUCCUCCCGGAGCCGUCGGCCAACUCACAGCGACGCGGGCCCCGCGGGCUCAGUGGCGCGCUACCUUGUGACGUCACCGAGGGGCGAGGCGGGCCCUAGCCUGCCGCCGGAAGAUGUCCCCCCCUUCUGAUUGGUCGAUGAAGACGUCUGUCAGGACGCGUUGCUCUUGUAGCGCUCGCUGAGUGUGGCGUCCCCGUGGGCUGCGAGGCCGAGGCUCCUGGCGGAUUCGCAGCGCGCCCGCCCUUUCCAUCGGGGGUCCGGCCUCGCCUCGCCCCAGGCGGGCGGCUGUCGAAUCCGGAGGAGGAGCUCGAGGACGGCGGCCCGCGGUGCGCAGGCGGGAAGAUGGCGGCCGCCUCGGUCUCGGCGGCUUCCGAGUCUCGGUUUUCGAACAUCCUAACUGAACCAUCAAGGUCGAAUGGAAAUAUGGUUCGUCAUUCUUCAUCUCCAUAUGUAUUAUAUCCACGUGAUAAGCCUUUCCUUAAUAGUGAUCUAAGACGCUCCCCAAAUAAGCCCACACUUGCCUAUCCAGAAAGCAACAGCAGAGCCAUAUUUUCUGCUCUUAAGAAUCUUCAAGAUAAGAUUCGACGCUUGGAACUGGAAAGGAUUCAGGCAGAAGAAAGUGUGAAAACCUUGUCUAGGGAAACCAUUGAAUAUAAGAAAGUUUUGGAUGAACAGAUACAAGAGAGAGAAAAUUCAAAGAAUGAAGAAUCAAAACACAAUCAAGAACUAACAUCCCAGUUGUUAGCUGCAGAAAAUAAAUGUAAUCUGUUAGAAAAACAAUUGGAAUACAUGCGAAAUAUGAUAAAGCACGCAGAAAUGGAGAGGACAUCUGUCUUAGAAAAGCAGGUUUCCCUAGAAAGAGAACGGCAACAUGAUCAAACCCAUGUUCAGACCCAGCUGGAAAAACUGGAUCUUCUUGAACAGGAAUACAACAAACUCACCACAAUGCAGGCCCUUGCAGAAAAAAAAAUGCAAGAGCUGGAGUCUAAACUGCGUGAAGAAGAGCAGGAACGGAAGCGUAUGCAGGCGCAGGCAGCAGAGUUGCAGACUGGUCUAGAAGCAAAUAGACUUAUUUUUGAAGAUAAGACAACUUCAUAUGUUCCAACCAGCACUAGAAAAAUUAAAAAAAAGAAGUCAAAACCACCAGAAAAGAAAGGUCCUAGGAACUAUUUUGGUGCACAGCCACAUUACAGAUUGUGCUUAGGCGAUAUGCCCUUUGUUGCUGGAAAGUCUACCAGUCCCAGCCAUGCCGUGGUAGCUAACGUUCAACAUGUCUUGCAUCUGAUGAAGCACCACAGUAAAGCUUUGUGCAAUGAUCGAGUUGUUAACAGUGUUCCCUUGGCAAAGCAAGCCUGUUCACGAAGUAGCAAGAGUAAGAAGUCAGUGACACCUCCCUCUGGCAGUGUCAGUGAAGAAUUGUCGGAUGUCUUACAGACUCUGCAGGAUGAAUUUGGGCAAAUGAGCUUUGAUCACCAGCAGCUUGCUAAACUCAUCCAGGAGUCACCAACUGAGGAACUGAAAGACAACUUGGAGUGUGAAUUGGAGGCAUUAGUGGGAAGAAUGGAAGCAAAGGCCAACCAGAUAACUAAAGUUCGAAAAUACCAAGCCCAGCUGGAGAAACAAAACAUAGAUAAGCAGAAGAAAGAAUUAAAACCUAACAAAAAGACUCUUGAUGAAGAAGGAAACAGCAGCAAUCGUUCAUCUGGAGUCACAAGGACCACAAGUAAGAAGGAUCUUGCCAAACAGAGACCUGGAGAAAAAAGCAGGAAAAAUCUUCAGUUAUUGAAGGAAAUGCAAACCAUACAGAAUUCACUGCAAAGCAGUAACCUGUGUUGGGAUUACUGACACCAGAUCAUAAAUGAUGUACCUUACUGGACAGUGACAAUACUUUCCAGGUUUCAUGCUUGCUGAUGUUGCCAUUACUAGCAGGUGUCAAGGGGCCCAGCUUCAUAACACAGUCUCUUGUGUCGUGCAACACAACUACAUGGAAAUGGAAUUUUACAGCAUGAGAUGCUGCACUGUUUCUUUGAAUUUGCUAUACUCAUACUGCACUUUGUAAACAAAUGACCAGUUUUUUACUUGUGGGUGUGUUUUUUAAGUAGGACUAUAUGUAAAUUGGGUUUGAAAAUUCAGAAUGAGACUGUCUUCAUAGUCAGUGCUUGUUAAGUCUCAUUUUUAGAUCUUCCCCAGGCAUGAGGUGACCUCUACUUCCCCCUCUCCAGAUGACCAUUAAAUGUACUGUUUCCAACUACUGAUAGAGGGUUUCUGUAUUUAAAUAUUUAUAUAUUUAAGAGGACUUUGUUUUGUUCUGCUUUUUGGUAUUUCAGAUGCUGAUCAGCAUUAAGUCAGUCUUAAAGACCCAAACAUUUUUAAAAAGUUACCCAUGAACUAUCUAACAACAUCUUCAUAAAACUAUAAACAGUUGUUAAUGAAAUAAAUUACAUUUUGGAAUAAAGAAUUAGGAGAAGUGGGGGGAAUGUUGUGAAAUCAAUAUCUUUGUAAUCAUGUUAUUCAGUUAAGCACUGGUUUUUAAUCUUGAACCCCAUGCUUUUAGCAUACUGAAUAGGGGUGGUGUGUGUGUUGAACACACACAUCUAUCAUUAUGUCAAUGUAAAUUAUAAUUUUGAAUAGAUCAACAUGUUAAACUUUAUAAACUUGGUACUGAAAUCAAUAAAGCAGUUUUUAAACUUC